AUGGCAGCUCGUCCGGUCAAAUCAUAUGGUAAAAAAAAGUACAAUUUUAAGGACAAUCGUUAUAAACUUCUGCCAGACAUGAAAGGAUUCCUAUGCACUUGCAAUUACGGUGAAAAAGACUGUCAGAAGGAAGCGAUAAAUUUGUUAAGAGAAUACAGCGAAGAAAAAGACAAACCAUCCGAAGAGACUAUUAGUACUGAAGAGGAAUCCGCAGAAAUCAUGGACUCAUUAGACACUGAAUUGGAAAGCUUGUCCAGAAAAGAUAAUGCUGAUUGGAAGAAGUUCACUCCGUCAGCUACAGGUGUUGGGAACUGUCUUUUCAUCAGCACCACAGUUGAAGAUCCGUGUGAGCUUAUGUAUAAAAUACUCGAAGACAUUGAAAGAACCAAAGUGCAGAAGACAAAAUUUCUUUUGCGUAUGCUUCCAAUUAUGGUUACUUGCAAAGCCAACAUAACAUCCAUAACAUCGACCUGCGCCAUUUUAUUGCCUAAGUAUUUUUCUACAGAACCAACAACAUUUGCAAUUAUGUUCAAUCACAGAUAUAACAAUUCAGUGCCGCGUGAUAAAGUUAUCGAUGAAUUGGCCAAUCAAGUGGUUAGUUUUGGACAGCAUACUGUGGAUUUAUCUGGUGGAGCUAAAAUGACUAUUAUUGUUGAGGUGGUGAAGUCUGUUUGUUGUUUAUCAGUAGUUAGAGAUUAUGCUCGCUUCUGCAAGUUCAAUCUACUCUCUGUCUGUGGUCGACCUGAAAAAAGAACAGCAGAAGGUGAAAAUGGUGAUGUUGAAAAAAGUUCUUCGCCUAAAGUUAAGAAACAAGAGGAAAAUGACCAGGUAAAAGAAAAUAGCGAAGAGGAAAAAACAGAGAGUGAACCUGGGGAAGAAAUUACUGAAAUGUCUGAAAAUUAA